GAAUUCGCGACAUACUCUCAUCUCUCUCAGCCAAACAAGCCUCUCUAUCGGCUUAAUUCUCCUCCGCCAGUGCCUGACUUAAUAGGAGGUUGUUAAGGGAAUAAUGAUCUAUACGGUGAUUGACAACUUCUACUUAACAGAUGAGCAGCUAAAGAACUCGCCUUCAACUAAAGAUGGCAUAGAUGAAGCAACUGAAAUUACACUAAGAAUCUAUGGUUGUGAUCUCAUCCAAGAAAGUGGAAUAUUACUUAAAUUGCCCCAAGCUGUUAUGGCCACUGGCCAGGUUCUUUUCCAUCGUUUUUAUUGCAAGAAGUCAUUUGCCCGCUUUGAUGUCAAGAUAGUUGCGGCUAGCUCUUUAUGGCUUGCAUCAAAAUUAGAGGAAAGUCCUAGGAGAGCAAGGCAAGUAAUAAUAGUUUUUCACAGAAUGGAAUGUAGAAGAGAGAACUUACUGAUAGAGCAUUUGGACCUAUAUUCAAAGAAAUUUUCAGACUUGAAAGCAGAAUUAAGCAGAACAGAAAGACACAUACUGAAAGAGAUGGGUUUUGUUUGCCAUGUUGAGCAUCCUCAUAAGUUCAUAUCAAACUAUCUUGCAACCCUUGGAACACCACCUGAGUUGAGGCAGGAAGCAUGGAAUCUAGCAAAUGAUAGCUUACGUACAAUCUUGUGCGUUCGAUUCAAGAGUGAGGUUGUGGCAUGUGGGGUCGUAUAUGCUGCUGCACGCAGGUUCCAAGUACCCCUUCCUGAGAACCCACCAUGGUGGAAGGCUUUUGAUGCGGAGAAGUCUGGGAUUGAUGAGGUUUGUAGGGUUCUGGCACAUUUGUACAGCCUUCCCAAGGCUCAAUACAUUCCUGUCUGUAAGGAUGGAAAACCAUUUACAUUUUCCACCAGGUCUGCGGAUUCACAAUCUCAUCCGACUCCAAAGGAAGUUCCCCCGGGUCCGCUAGCUGAUAAUAAUGUCAAUGCUUACGAUAUCAAUGUGGUAGUGGCUGAUGUGGAAACAGAGGGAGGUAAAGAAGCUAAAAUUAAAAUGUGUCUUGACAAGCUGAAAGAAUCUAAGAAGAGUGAUGAUGAAUCCAAGAGCAUGCCCACAGAGGGUGAUGCAAGAGAGGAAUCCAGAUAUAAAUCCAAGUCUGAGCAUAAGACAGAAUCAAGUGGAGAGAAGAGCAAGGACAGGGAACGGGAAAGGGAGAGGGACAGAGAAAGAGACAGGGAGAGAGCAAAGGCCUGGGAUCGUGACAGAGGCAGAGAUUCUGACAGGGAAAGAGAGCGAGAUGAGACUGAAAGGGACAGAGAUAAACUCAAGGAUAGAGGUCAUCGAUCAAAGGAUAGAACAAAGGAUUCAGGGGGGCAUUCUGAAAAAUCCAGGCACCACUCAUCACGUGACCGUGAUUAUCGUGGCUCAUCAUAUUCUUCAAGGGAGAAAGACCGUCACAGACAUCACUCGUAUGCUUAGAACAAUCUUCAAGGUGCUUUGCAUCUUUGCUUCCUUGUAGCCAUGAGAGUUUCUUUCCAGGUUUACUCAAAAUGUCUAUUGUCUCUUGUGCUGAAAUGAAGGCUAACAUAUGUUUAUGUAUUGUUUUCGGAAUUAAACGUUCUUGGUCUGAAUUUGUUAGAUAAACAUCCAAUUUUUUUAUUUUGCUUGUGCAA